GGUGACUGUCCAUCAGCAGUGGCAUGUCGGCGGGCGCUCCGGCCGAUGCAUCGAAUGAGGAUACCAUUGCUGCUGUGUUGCCUCAGCGCCGCCAAUUUCACACGGUCCUGACGCAAUACUGCCAGCAGGCAGAGCCGAACCUGAAGUGCCCCAUCUGGUAACAGACAAACAGGCAAUUGACGGCUCGAUUCGCAAUGCAUUUCAUCUUUCUUUCUCCUGUGCGUUCUGCUUGCAGCGAUAGGUUGUUCGAUGACCCUCGCGCCGGUCCAUGCAGCCACUUCUACUGCCGGGAGUGCAUCUUGGCGCACAUUCACAUACGGUGCGAGUGCCCCGUCUGCAGAAACUACCUAUGGUGAGUGAGGUUCCCAUUCGUAUCUGCCGCAACAAUACGAUGAGUGCCCACACAAAGGAAAGGCCACCUCCCAUCUGCUCUCUGUUUGCAUGCGCAGCCCUCGUGACUUGCGCAAGAUCGGCCUGCUAGAGAGGAUGGUGACGGCCUUCACGGCCCUCCGCCAGCUAUUGGACAACAUUCCCGAUGAGCCUCACGAGGAGGCUGCUGCAGCAGCACACGACCAGCCGCCCAUGCAGCUCGACGAUGGCAGGGAUGGCAAUGGAGCGGACGGAGAGGACGGACACAGAGGGGAGGAGGAGGAGGCCGCACCAGCUGCUGCAGCAGCAGCUGCUGCCGGACCGGCUGCUGCUGCUGGGGCAUCGUCUGCUGCGCACAUGGAUGGGGGAAAUCGGCGUGUGGUGACCACACAGGUGGGGGAUGAUGAGCGCCACGACCACACGCACGAACCAGACAUUACUGGUAUGUGUGUCUGUGCGCUGGCUGGUUUCGUUGGUCAGGACGUCGAUGCCAUCGAGCGUGAUCUGGCGGAGGCUCAGCCUCUGGAUGCGAAGAUCACGAGCCUCCUCCUCGCAUUCGACAGAGGAGAGUUCUCCAUACCGCCAGGCAUACAGGUGUGGCAAAAUGCCAAACAACCGUCGUCCUGCAUCCAUUCAUAGCUGCAUGCCCGUUUUCGCUUCUUUCUUUCUUUUUCAGUUGCCGUCGACAAUUCCUCAUCCAGAGAGUGCCCCUGCUGCCCACUCAGAGCCGCCAGGAGAACCCGACGCAGCAGCAGCCCCCGCAAGACCUCAGAGCGAGUCGCUGCCCCCGCUGGCCGCCGCAUCCCCUCCUCAUGAUCACCACGAUGAUGACGAUGCCCCGCCCGCCCCUCGCUCCCCUCCAUCCCCCAGCCCUUCGCCACCCCAGGCGGCCAUCGACGAUGAACCGCCCCCACCUGACGAUCCACCAGCUGCUCAAGAGGACGCUCCGGCCCAGCGAGAUGGUGGUUCUCCCAGCGUCAUUGUCGAUUCCAACGGUCAGGAGGUGCGGGCCGUCGAUAGCAUCACCGACCUCCUCUUCGCUUCACAGCCGGUCGUUCUGAGGCCCAGGAGGGCCGUGACGUCAACGGGCCCACGAGAAGAGCCGCCGAUCGUCAUCGCUGAUGAGAGCAGGAACGCGGAGGAGCCGCCCGGGGAGCAGCAGCCUGAGGAGGGGCAGCAAGAUGGAGAGAAGGCUGCAGAGGGCGGGGAGGGGGCGGAUCAUGAUGUGGACAUGGAGGAUCCGCGGCAAGGUGACGAGGAGCGGCCAGACAAUGCAGAUGUGGAGGACAUAGAUGAGCCCGUCGAUAGAGAUCGAUACCAUGGCGACCAUGACGACCAUGACAACAACAACCGUGCAUCCGGUGGCCCCCCCCCACACGACGACGAGCCCCAAGGCAUCAGCCCCAUCCUGCGACGGCACCCACACCCGCCCCCAGACCGCCCUCCUCUCGUCAAGCGAGAAGACGAGGUCCUAUCCAUCGAGUCAAGCCCACCAGCGUCGAAACAUCGGCCCCAGGCAAAGGCCCCUCCCUCUCGGCUGCCGGCACAUGACCAUGUGGAGGAGAUAGAGGAGCCCGACACCCCGCCCAAGCCGAACAGGCAGCCAUGCGACAAUUGGAAGUUCCCUCUCGGACGCGACCGUGGCUUCGUCAGACCUCCUGGGGCCAGGCUGGAGGGGCUGGGGCGCAAGGGGAUGGGAGAGAGACGGCAUCUGGGGAGUGCUGUGAGGCCCCCACCACCACCUCCAGCUGCUGCUGCAGCUGCGGCUGCGGCUGCUGCGCCGCGGGUGGCUUUGAGGCCGCCAGGUGGCGCUGGGAUGAUGUCGAUGGAUCUGUUUGGUGAGCGGGGGGAAUCAGCCCCCGACCCUCCUGCGGGUGCGGCGGCGGCUGCAGCAGCGGCCUUGCCCACUCCGUCCCCUCCCUCCCCGCCCCGCAAGAAUCGCAAGACAUUCGACUGGCGACACUCGGAUGAAGGCGAGAGAAAAGAAGGCAGCAUCGCAAAAAGGGAGGAGGUCAAGGAUGGGACACCUGCGGGUGAUGGCGCCUGUCGGGGCAGUAGGGGCGGGGGUGGUGAUGCGCUUGUGGCCGACGGGGAAAGGGAAAGGGGAAGGGCGGCGGGCGAUGAGAUGCAGAUCGAUAUGGAGGUGGAUAUGGCUGUAGAUAGAGCGCCUGUGGCGGUGCCGCCCGCCAUCACUGCGCCGGUGCGUGUGGUGCUGCUGGGCAGCAGCAUCGACGAGGAGAUGCUCAAGACCAUGAAGCAAGCAUGCGAGUGAGCGACGCGCACGCACACGUGCGUUCGAGUGCCGAUAGUGAUGCACACAUAUGUGAUCCGUUCGUGCGUGUUGACGCGUCCAGGUUGAUGCCAGGCACUGUCGUGAUGCGAUGGACGCCGAGCGUGACCCAUCUGGUCGUGGCUGUCGACGAUCAGCAGAGGGUCAUCAAUCGUACCAUGAAGUACUUCAUGGUACGUUCGCUCAUACGCAGAGGCCAAGGCGCAUGCUCAUGUCUCUUUCCUGCUUCCCUUUCUCAGGCGCUGUUGGGCAGCCAGUGGAUCGUGACGACUGAGUGGCUGGAGGCGUCGCUGCACAACAAGCGAUGGAUGCCCGAGGAGCCAUUCGUAGCCUCAGGUGGGCCGGCCGGGUGACGACAAAGGAGAGACAAGGGGCCCCGUGCUCAUGUGUCUCGCUCGUGUGUGCGGUGACAGGUGACCUGUUCGCCGAGGGGGGGCCGCGGAAAUCCCGCCAGUGGAAAGACACCAACCACCCCAACUGCCCAAAACGGUAUGUGACCAGAUAAAUCGGACAGCCUCCCUCUCCCUCUAUCGACCAUCCGUCAGGUUGCUCAAGGGCCUGGCCAUCUGCUGUGACUUCUACGAGCUGUCGUCCAGCGUCCCCAAGGCCGAGGACAUCAACCAGGUCGCCCGACUCGCCGGCGCCAUCAUACUCAAACGACCCGCUGUAGCCAAGCGGAAAGCCAAUGCGCCACCGCCCCCCGACAGCCCCUCCUCCCCCCGACCAAGGCCACUCCCUGACGGAGCGGCCCGCAUUCUGCCGUCCCCCAUUCGCAAAGCGAGAGGAGGCUCGUCCAGGCGGAGAGGCAGCGGGGCGGGGGGUGGUGGUACGCCAGAUGGUGUUGUGAGGCCUCAUGGGGCCCGGCUGUCGACGUCUGGCGGCAAGUCGGGGUCGCGUCGGAGGCGGGCGGGGGUGGUUGACGCUGCUGCACUGCCGAAGGAGUCGGUGGUGGUGCUCCUCGACCCAACAAAGAACAGGUAACUGACACACGUAGGCAAGGCUAGAGAUGCCAAAGUGCACUUUGCUGGUAUGUCUGUGGGUAUCUGUGAUUGUUCAUUCGUUCAGUGUUGGUGUGGCUCGGUACGUGUCUGACGUGUUUCGGUGCCAGGUGGCCCCGGUGUCGUGGCUGCUGCUGUCCAUAUCGCACCUGCAGCAGCAGCCAUUCGCCCCCCUGACUGAUGCCUUCAAAGAAGAGGUGCCGCAGGCUCUUCCGUGAUGGCGUGUACGUUCCGUGGGGUGCGCGCAACAACGACGAGAAUAUGUACAAGAAUUACUCAGUGACCAUGGAUGCUUGCAUCCAUCCAUGGGAUGGACGAGCAAGUGUCUAUCUGGGACAUCCACGUAUGUGCUCACGCAUCAACAUGUACGAUCGAAG